AUGGAACCCUCACCGCAAAUCUCCGAGAUGUUUCAGAAAUUCGCCCUUGCUGUCAAGGCUAAGACCUACGAGCUCUUCGCUGAGGAUGAAAAUCAAGAUUCCGUCUCCGCCGCUGACGCUGAUGUUAUCUCUUUGUUAGACUCUGCGGAGGAGUUCAUCCCCGACCAGAAAGUGGUCGUCAUCAAGCCUGAUAGGGAUUAUGACCCGGACCCGGAUUCUUCCCACCUGACCCGAACCGUAGUUCAUUCAAUCUUCGCCACCGUCUCUUCUUUCGAAGCCUCGUAUUUGCAGUUCCAAACGGCCCAUGUUCCCCAAAUUGACCAAAACGCCCUUCAACAAGCUGAUAAAUCGCUCGUCUCAAUUCUCCAGAAAUUGUCUGAAAUGAAGAAUAUCUAUAAGAAUUCUAAGAAAACGAGCUCGGGUUUGCCCGGAGAUUUUGAGUUUCCUGCUGUGUCAUUUUUGGAAUUUCAAGUGCAGGAGAAUCAGAGCAAGCUCAGGGUUCUGGAGACCAUGGUAAAUUCAUUGCAAUCAGAGAUUGAUGCUAAAGAUGAUGAUGUCUUGGUUUUGAGGAAAAAAUUCGACAAAAUUCAGGGGUUUAACUUGAAUUUAUCAAAACAAUUGGAGUCGAAAAAGGAAAAAAAGGAUUCUGGUACUGAUGUUUUAUUAACAAUUCGAGUUUUUGAGGCUAUGUUGAAUGAUUCGGUUAAAUCUUUGCGAUGUUUUACAAAGUUGUUGAUUGAUUUGAUGAGAAAAGCAGGAUGGGAUUUGGAGAAAGCUGCCAAUUCCGUUUAUUCAGACAUUGAUUAUGCGAAAAAGGGACAUUUCCGGUACGCAUUUUUGUCAUAUGUUUGCUUGGGAAUGUUUAAGAAUUUCGAUAAGAAUGAUUUUGGAUUAGGUGAUAGUCAAGUAACGUGUAAUGGAAAUGGUUCAAUACAUGUUGGAAAUAGUACAAUUCACAAUGGUUAUUUGAGAGAAUUAAUCGAACACGUUUCGAGUAAUCCGAUGGAAAUCUUGAGUAAGAAUCCAAAAUGUGAGUUUUCGCGGUUUUGUGAGAAGAAAUAUGAGGAAUUGAUUCAUCCGACUAUGGAAUCCUCGUUGUUUGAUAACUUAGAUAGGAAGGAAAAGGUGUUGGAUUCAUGGAAAUCAUUGAGCGUAGUUUACGAGUUAUUUGUUAGAAUGGCGGGCUCUAUAUGGUUGCUUCAUACAUUGGCCUAUUCGUUUGAUCCCGUGGUAGAGAUAUUUCAGGUCGAGAGAGGUAAAGAUUUUUCGAUGGUGUACAUGGAAGAUGUUUUGGGAAAACGUAGUUUUGGGGGAAAGAUGAGGCCUCAGGUUGGGUUCACAGUCGUGCCGGGGUUUAAAGUUGGAAGGACUGUGAUUCAGUCACAGGUUUAUCUCACUGGCUUAAAGUGUACAGAGUAG